AUGGUAAGCUUGUCGGAGAUACCACCUCUUCAUCGUGAAGGUGUUGAAGCAAUGAAAAUUCAGGAAUGGUUUUCAGAUUUAAAUGAAACUAACAUCGAAAGAACAGUAAAUCUCAUUUUUGCUUCCCAAUAUUCAAAGCAAAGAGACCUUGCACCAAUCCUUGUUAACGAAUUAAUUAAAAUUGUCCCAUUGCGCUCUGAUUUGACCGCUCUUGUCCAAAUGUUGAAACUUUUAAAGUCAAGACAAGCACAAACAAACGCAAUUGGCACAAUAUUUUCAACAAUAAUGAUGUCUUCCCUCGCACUCGAAAUUGAAUACGAUAUUCAUGGCAUUGUUCCAUACUUAUUCUUCCUCAAAAAAUUGAUUACUGAAAAGGUAAUUGAAAUUUGGGAUCUUGUCGUACAAAUCAAGAGAUUUAUUCGCAACAAACCUAAUUUCCAAUUUUUAUGUUUUUGCUAUUUCGCGCCAGAAAUUCUUGUUUCAGACAAAGAGUAUUACGCUGAGCUAAAGGCCAACGCCCUCAAAGACAAGGUUACUGAGCCAAUAUUGACACAGUAUCAGGAAGGCUGGGCUGGCUUAGAAGCCAAUAAUUUCAAGAUUUUAAAGGAGCUUACAGAGUUCGGAUUCACCAAAUCGUCAGCUGAAUACCUCAUUGCUACAGAUAAUGUUAAAGCCCUCGACGAAUAUCUUAAAUCAAACAAACUCGAUUUCACCUACAGAAUCCCAGAAAACGCCUUUACACCAGUACAGUUUAUUCAAUGGUCCCCACAAGUUGCCGAAUAUGCUGCUUUUUAUGGCUCUGUUGAGUGUGUCAAACUUAUGUUAAGCAGAGGCGCAAAUUCAACAACGUUGUCAGCAUAUGCAGUUGCAGGAGGAUCUCAGAAGAUGAUAGACUUUGUUACAAAAUCAGGAAUUUCAUUUAAAGGCACAUUACGACUCGCAACUUAUUAUAGAAGAAUCGAACUAUACAAUUACAUCCUUCCCCGCAUUAAGAAGGAACAGCUUGCCAAGGAAGUUAACUAUGCCAUGGUUAGAGCUGCCGAAUCCAAUGAUAUUCGCCUCUUCCGUCAGACUCUUACAGAUGGCGGCCGCAUUAACUUUUACGAUGAAAACAAAGAGAGCCCACUUCUUAUUGCCGCAAAGAAAGGCAAUGCAGAGCUUGUAAAGUAUAUUUUGACAUUCCCCAAUGUCAAAACAGACGCUGCAAAUUGCUGGGGCAAGACAGCAGCAGAAUUGGCACCUAGAACUAUGGAGCAAUUAUUUGCAAAGAAAUAA